AUGUUUAAACAAAAAAAAACUGAUCCUUAUAUGGUCAAUUUUGGUAAAAAUAUCGCAAGUGGUGGUGUAGCCGGUGCAAUGUCAUUGUGUUUUGUCUAUUCACUUGAUUAUGCCCGUACACGUUUAGCCAAUGAUGUUAAAAGUACAAAGAAAGGUGGCGGUGAACGUCAAUACAAGGGUCUUGUCGAUGUCUACAAGAAAACCUUGGCUACUGAUGGUAUUGCUGGUCUCUAUCGUGGUUUCGUUAUUUCAUGUGUUGGUAUUGUCAUUUAUCGUGGUUGUUACUUCGGCUUUUAUGAUACAUUGAAACCAAUUUUACUUGGUCCCGAUGCUGGUAUCAUGCUUUCAUUUUUACUCGGUUAUGGUGUAACAGUUACAUCUGGUCUUAUCUCAUAUCCAGUUGAUACAAUUCGACGACGUAUGAUGAUGACAUCAGGUCAAGCUGUUAAAUAUAAAGGAUCAAUGGAUUGUAUGUUCCAAAUUAUCCGUAGUGAAGGUAUGGCUUCAUUAUUCAAAGGAGCCGGUGCCAAUAUUCUCAGAGGUAUUGCCGGUGCUGGUGUUUUGUCUGGUUUCGACAAACUCGUACAAGUCUAUGCCGGUGUCAAAGUUGAUACAAGCGGUGGUUAA